AUGAAGGCUUUGUUAGCCCAAGUGGUACUUGUCAUCUUCUAUUGUACUACCAUUACUGCGGCUAUUAAAACAAAUGAUGUAAAUCUAUGCAAACGACAGCCUUUUCGAGGUCGCUGUCCUGCAGUAGAUGGAAAAGGCCCAGCACGUUCGCAGUUUGUGUUACGUUACUAUCUGAGGGAUAAUGAAUGUGUCUCCUAUCCUUUCGGUCACUGUGCAAAUGAUGAAAAUGAACCAGUAUUGUAUAGAUAUAAAGAAGAAUGUGAAAAAGCUUGUCUAAAUAAAUCGCCUACUAAUGAUCAAAGUACAACAAUUCAAAAUGAUCAUGAAAUAGAAAAAUCAGCAAAUUCAUUAAUAAGUAGUGAAAUUACUGAUAAUGAUAAGGAUAAUGAUAAUGAUAACGAUAAUGAUAUCAAUGUGCAGAUCAGUACUACAUCAUCAUCAUUUCCAAUAAUUGAUAACAAUAAUAAUAAUACUACUACUACAACAAUAUCAUCACAACGAGCUGCAUUUAUUGCUCAAAAAAGUAAAUCUCACAAGUUACUUACUGAAUGCGAAAAACGUAGACAAGCAAGUGAAUCAGGUCUUAUCAAAAGUGAUUUCAUUCCAAUUUGCGCCACUGAUGGUACUUUUCGGCCAUUGCAAUGCGAAACUCAACGUGAAAAUUGUUUUUGUGUGGAUCAUAAUGGUAUUAAAAUACCAAAUUCAGAUUCUAAUGGUACCAAAAAACCGGACUGUAAACGAAUAAUAAAAGCGCAAAAGUCAUUAAUCUAUGAAUGUUUAUCACCAAUGGAUUCUGGGCCAUGUAAUACAGCAAUUAAAAGAUGGUAUUAUGAUACUCGAGAACGACAAUGCAUUAAAUUUGAAUAUUCCGGUUGCGGUGGUAACGGUAACAAUUAUCCAACCAAAGAAGCAUGCGAAAAACAAUGCAAAUCAACAAGCAAUGAGCCAAAAUGUAAAGGUGGCUUGCAACCAUUACGGAAUGAAAAUGAUCAGUUGGUGAACUGCACUGAGAGUACCUGUCCGAAUGGUUAUUUAUGUUCGGUAGCACAACUUGGAUCAGUCUGUUGUCCAAUUAAUGCAUCUAGCAGUGCUACAACUAAUAUUUGUCAACUUCCAAAGGAACGUGGUCCUUGUGAUCAGUAUGAGCUUCGAUUUUAUUACAACAGCCGUCUCGGCGAAUGUAAAUAUUUCUUUUUUGGUGGUUGUGAAGGCAAUGCAAAUAAUUUUGAACGUGUGGAAGAAUGUGAACGUAUUUGUCGACAACGUGGUGUAAAAAUUACUGCAACAUCAAUUGUAUCAGCACCUCAGCUAAUAACAUCUGGACCACAAAUGCGAAAGCUUAACAAAGAAUUUGGAAUAAAAAAUAUUAAAAAAACUGAAAUCACAUCGUCAACAACAAUAUUCCAUGAUGGAUCAAUGAUAAGUAAAAAUUUAUCUGCAAAAAGUAGCAUUAAUCAAAGUAAAUCACACCAAUUGCAAAAAAUUGAUCAAAAUAUUGAAAAGAAAAUUAAACAAAAAGGAGCAAAAUUAUCAUUUGAUAGUAAUCGUACUGAUAAAAUCACUGAUUUUACAACUGUCAAAACUAAGAAUACAAUUGCAACAAUUGAUAAAUCAGAAAAGUUUACUACAUCAAAUAGAAAUGAACAAAAAUUGGCAAGUGAAUCAGUUGCAAUCACUACUGAUCAACAAUUAUCUCAAAGUGACGAAGAGAUGAAAAUAAUUACAUCAACAACAAAGACAACAGUAGAAAGCUUAUCAGAUACAUUCAUUUCAACAGCAUCAGCUUCUUCAACUGCUUUAUCUCCCAGUACAAUCAUAAUUACCACAACCUCACAAUCAAUUUUAUCAACAACUACACAACCAAUUGCAAAUAGCAAUGAUCGAUGCUUUCAAAAAUUUGAUCGAGGUACAUGCACUGGACAAUUCAUUCGAUGGUAUUGGGAUUUUGAAAAAAGCACCUGUCAAGUAUUUACUUAUUCUGGUUGUGGUGGAAAUGGCAAUAAUUAUCGUAGCCGAGAAGAUUGCUUUGCUGCAUGUCAUCAACCUCCACAACCAACACCAAAACUGGAUAAUAUCUGUGAGCACAGCAUUCAUCCAGGUGAUUGUACCGGUAUCUUCCAGAGAUUUGCUUUUGAUUCGACAAUUAAUGAUUGUCGACCAUUUACAUAUACUGGCUGUGGCGGUAAUGGCAACAACUUUGGAAGUUCAUUAGAAUGUCGCAACAGAUGUAUCGUACAAAAACCAACACUGUCAACUGAUGUAUGCAAGCAUCCAAUUGAAGUAGGUGAAUGUUCUGGUGUUUUCCCGCGAUUUGCAUAUGAUCUGGUAGCUAAUGAAUGUCGGCCAUUUACAUACGGUGGUUGUGGCGGUAAUGGUAAUAAUUUUGGAUCAAUGCUUGAAUGCAAAACAAAAUGUGUUCAAGGAUCAGAUGAAUUAGUGAAAUGUCCCACAAUAGAUGCAUCAUUAUGCGUUGAGCCAUGUAUUUUAUUCACAAAUCGUCAAGACUGUCAUGAGUGCAAAUGUCCAAUUGCGCAUUCUGAAAUUGAUAAUGAACCAAUUGAACCAUCUGUAAUCACUUCCACUUUGAUAUCUGAUAAAUCAUCAGAUGAAUCGAAAUCACUUGAAGCUGAACAAUUUAUUGAAAAUAAGGUGGAAAAGAAACAUGGAUCUAUGUCACAUUCCGGAAGAACUUCACAAACAAAUUCGGUAACUGAAUUAGGUGAAAAAUGCUCACAACCUAUGGAUGCUGGACCAUGUAAAAAUUUUAUCGAACGUUGGUUUUUCAAUAUUAAUACUAGUUUAUGUCAAUCAUUUCAAUAUGGUGGUUGUGCUGGUAAUCGUAAUCAUUUCUUCUCAAAACAUGAAUGUGAAAUACAUUGCGCUCGAUUUUUCAAUGGACGCACAGGUCGUAGAAGAAUAGCAGCUUAUGAAAGUGUCACACAUACCUCACAAUUUAACACUCUCACCGGGUCGCAAUCAACAAAAAUAUUAAAUGAGCAUGAUGAUAUUGUUGAUAAUAAACAACAAAAUAUUUUACAACAAUCAUUCACAAAUGUUAUCACUAAUAAUUCUCAGCAAAAUUUAUCUAAAUCUAAUUUGGAAGAUGGAAAGCAUAUCAAAGUGAAAUUGGAUGAUACAGCAAUUGAAAAUAUUGCAAAAAGUUCUAUAAGAAGGCAUCAACAACAACAACGACAACAACAACAACAUCAACAACAAAAGCAACAACAACAGCCUUUGUCUAUUUCUUCAGGACACAAGAUAGAUAGUUCGGUAAUAAAUAGUAAUAUUCCGGAAAAAUCUAUCAUUCCUGAUGAUGACAAACUAAUACCGAUGAUAGUUACAAAACAGUAUGGUAUAAAUGACAAACGAAUUGAUAAUGACUGGAAGGCAGUCAUUAGUAAUACUCAAAAUAAUUCUACACAAAUGAUCAAUGCAUUAAGAUCAGAGAUUAGUACCCCAAAAGAUAGUUCGUCAUCGAUGAUGUACUCAUUUGAUUGGAAUAACGAUGAUUUAGCUCAUCAACAGAAGCAAUCACAGAUUAUGACAGUUCAGGGAAUCGAUAUUUCACAAAUUCAGAAUGAAUUAUCAAAGCAGCAAAAACAUAAUGCGCAAAUGUCUCAACAUGAGAUGGUAGAAGAUAUCACUUCAUUAAAAUCAAAUCUAUUCGACAAUCAUCUUGCUAAGCAAAUGAUUACAGAUUUUGCUACAACACAAAAUUCGAAACUAUCAAACGAUGAGCAAUUAAUAAAUUUGCCGCAAGCGGAAAUGUCUGGAAUGCAAAUAGAUCAAACGGUGAUGAUUGAUCAUGAAAAUAAAUUUGAAAAACGGAAGCAAAAUAUUGCAACUAAUGAAGCACUGAUUAGUAAUGGCGCAUUCAAUAGGUCAGUAAAUGAUGAUUACAGAAUUUCUACUGAUCGAAAUGAUGGAAGAUUGAUCUUGGACGAAGUGAUUAAAUCAUCGAAUUUCAUUUCGCCAAAAUUUGAAGCUAAGAACGAAAUUCAUAUGCCAUUGAACAAUGUGAAUGAUCAUUGGAUGAAAAGAAAACAAUUUACUGAUACGAUCACUAAUGAUUCUAUCGUUGGUGAUGCUAACACUCAGUUUGUAGCUCAAAAAGUAAAUGAUAAUAAGACUUCGAUCGCUUUAAAUAAAGGAUCAGCGAAACUUAAUCGCGACUCAGUACUAAGACACCAUGUACGUAUUAUUAACCAAGGUUCUGUACUAGAAACAUCCUUCUCGUCAUCACCAAUACCACCAUUAUCACCAUUAUCAUCAUCGUUAUCACCAUCAUCAUCAUCACCAUCACCACCAUCAUCAAUUACAUUACCUUCAACAUUAUUAUCACCAACUUCAUUAUCAUCACAGUCAUCAUCGCCAAUUCUUUCUGAUACUAAAACUGAUCUUAGCAAAACUCAACAAAAAUUUCAUACUAGUAUAUCAGAUAAGAAUAAAAGUUUUAAUGGUGCACGAGCACGAGGUACACAUCGCAAGCAUGCAAUUACUGAACAGAUGAUAUCAUCAAGUAGUGAAGAAUUCUCGCAUGAAUCUUCUAUUUCAAUGCACACUAAUACACCUGAGUAUAAGGAUCAGAAAUUGAUUGCAUCAAAUGCUGAUAAUGAAAUGAUAUUAUCAGUAACACCAAAUAAUAUUGAUACUAUUACAAAUAGCAUUAAUGAUAAUGCUAUUAGUAUUACUCAAGAGCAAUCAGAUGAGGAAUUGGAUAUGGAUUCGAAUGAUUAUAAAAUCAUUGAUAAAAUUGAUUCGACAUCACUCAUUCAUGAUUCUUUAACAACUAUUAUUCCUAUCACCACUACACCUGUAAUGGAGAAUAUUUCUUUAUCAUUUGCUACCUUAAAUUCUUCAGCAGCAACCAACAAUAAUCAUUCCAUUCGUUCGUCCCUUAUUACCACCAUUCCAGCAUUUAUCAAUGAAACGUCAACUUUUUCUGAUAUGAUAACAAAAUCAAACCCAAAUCCUUCUCAAAUGAUAAUUUCAGAAUCAACAACAAUUGCUAGCAAUAGAGUAGAUGGAUCAUUUGAGUCAUCCAUUUCAUCACAACCACAAAUUCUUAGUCAACCUAUUCCAUCUGAUAAAUCAUGGCUUUAUGAGAGCUUACAAUCAAUUAUUAAUUCGCAGGUUCUAUCGGAACAACAAGAAGAAUUAUCCGAAAAGAAGCUAUCAUUUGGCUCAUUUAAUACUUCAGGUGUAGCAACAUUUAGCACAACUAUUAGCAAUAAUAAUAAUAAUAAUAAUAAUAAUAGCAAUAGUAAUAUUAAUAAUAGUAAUAACAAUAAUGAUAAUAGUAAUAAUAACUUUCCUGUGAGAACAACCAUAAUGAAUCCGUUGAGAAAAUUAUCAAUGCAAGCAAAUAAUUCAUCUCUGUUAUCAAUUUCUACUCAAAAAUUAUCACCAAAUAUAUUCGAUACUACAGCUAGCAAUGUUGAACAACAAACAAAGAAGCCAAUAAAAGAAUUGGAGAAGGAAUCUGAAGAAGAUCAUUAUUUCAACGUUGAUUCAUCGAUUUUUAUGAAUGCUACCAAUUUUCAAAAACCAUCUCAUACAAUAAUAUCUCAUAAUCGAAUUGAAAAUAAUGGUAUCAGUACAAUGAUCGAACAAUUAAACUUUCCUUUCAAUGAAACAAAAGAAAUGAAAAAGGAAAGAGGUGAAGGAAAAAUUGGAACAAUGAAUUUAUCACCAUCAUCGUUAUCACCAUCAUUAUCAUCAUCAUCAAGAAUUGAUAGUAAUAUAAAUUCAGGAAACACCACCAUACAUCCGCUUGUAUCAGCAAUUCAGGAAUUAUCAGAAGAAAUGAUUGCAUCUGAUGGAGAAAUUAAUUCCAAUUCUCAAUCUAAUGCACUAUUAAAUGAAAAACAUAGUGUAAACACUGUAGAUGAUUAUAAAUUGCACUCAUUAAAGCACAAACAAUCACUUCCGGAAAAUCAUAAUGACAUAACAGGCGAGCAAUUUACGGUUGCACAUGAUGCACAAUUCAUGGUCAAAAGUAUUCCUUACCGGACAACAAUCAAACAAGGUGAAAUUAAUGAGAUACUAAAAGAUCAGACUACAAUGAAUGAUGCACAUGAAGAAGAAAUGAGAAUGGAAUCGGAAAUUUUAAAUCAACAAAAUAUCACUAAUGACUCACAAGUAAUGCAGGUGACAACACCGCAUGCAGUAGUGCAUGCUGUCACCUCAUUGCAACUUGAAAACGAUGAAAUAUGCUUACUACCGCCAGAUGCAGGUCCUUGCCAUGAUUAUGUACUUCGGUGGUUUCAUAAUUCACAAACUGCAAAAUGUGAACAAUUCUCAUACAGUUCAUGCGGUGGUAAUAAUAAUAAUUUUCCUGAUAGACAUACUUGUGAAGCAAAAUGCUCACAUGAUAAUUCGAUUAAAUCACAAUUACCGGAACGAUGUACCUAUAAAAAAGAUGAAGGUUAUAGUAAUGGGUAUAAUGUUAAGUGGUACUUUAACGUACGUAAUUUACGAUGUGAACAAAUGGUAUACAAAGGUCAAGGUGGCAAUUCAAAUCAAUUUGAAACACUUGGCGAAUGUCAAACUUUUUGCAUACCAUUGGAUGAUAAAGUUCCUGAGAUGGACACAACCGCUAAACAAAUUGCGCAUUCUUUGAAAUCCACUUCCGUAGAUGUUCAUCAGAGAGGUUUUGCCGCAUCACAGGAUCCGGAAAAUGAGCAGCAACAGCAGCAACAAGCAUUAUCGAUUACCGAAACAGAUAAAAUGUCAGAAGGUCAACAUCAUGUCCAGGACAUUACUCAGAAUACAAAUGAACGUCAUCGUUCAAGGAUAGUAUCAGAUAAAAAUUCGAUUAAUGUUGAAAAAAUUCAACCGAUCAAUUCAAAGCAAUUAUUAACACAAACAGUAACACCUGCAGAACUAAUUCCUCAGAAUUUGGAUAGAUCAGCAAGUGAGACAAUAAAUGCACGAGAAUCAUCUAAACAACAAUUAUUAUCAACAUUUAAUGAUCAGAAUAGUAAACAAAUUUCAGGAAAAGAAAUUAAUAAUGCAAAAACAUUUGGUGCAACAAUUGUAAACAAAAAUAAUGAUGCAAUUGUUGAUCUGCCAAAUAUUUUUGAUGAUAUAAGCCAUACGCCUAGUUGUCCUAAUGGCCAUAAGCCAAUACAACAUGCAGAUGGUAGGCCAAUGAUGUGUUUACCUGGUAGAAAUCAAUGUGCUGGCAAUUCACUCUGCUAUUUCAAUGGUGUUGAUUUCUUUUGUUGUCCAAAUGCUGAAGAUCCAUACGAUGAACAUGUAUUUGGAGGUUAUGGUGGUGAAGAAGUGAAACGUGGUUAUAAGAAUGUUAAAAAGACACCAAUAAAUGGUAAUGAAUUGAUUGUUCGAAAGCUUCGAUUGAAACGACAAGCGCAAAUGUCUUCCAAUCGUCCUUUAGCAAUGAAUGUAGCUACACGUAUUGAUUCCAAAGUACCGAAAUAUUCAUUGGCCAAAGCAUCAUUUGCAGUAAAUAAUAGUAGUGAUACUAGACAAAUAACUAAUAUUUGUAUGCAAGAUGUUAAUACGGGUAAAUGCACAGAAGCGCAUCUUCGAUUCUUUUAUGAUCGUAGAGUGAAUACCUGUCGAUUAUUCUAUUAUAGUGGUUGUGGCGGUAAUGAAAAUAAUUUUGCCACUGAGGAAGAAUGUCAACAACAAUGUAAAAGUGAUAAAGCAUAUGAUGAGGAUGUGUCACCAGGAAGUUGUCCUUACGGUGAGCCACCACUUGGUGAUAACGCACCUGUGAUAUGCGGUAAAGACUCAGGAUCAUUUGAAUGUCCAAAGGGAUAUUAUUGUCGCAUGGGACCACCAAAUGUAUGCUGUCUCGAAAAACUUCUUCCAGUUUCGGAAAAAAUUUUGGUAACAAAGAAACAUCACGAAAAUAUUCGUUUUGCACAACCAAAAGUAAAAGCAAGCGAAAAUGUUGGUUAUCAAUUUGAUGAGAAACAAAAAGAAAAUGAUGCAGAAAAUUCACCAUUAGCAAUUACAUCAACAAACAUUUGUCCGGAUGGUACUGAUGCAUUACUUGAUGAAUCUACUCAACAACCACUCAGAUGUGGCCUAGGCUACGAUGGACAAUCUUUCUGUCCAGUUGGCUAUUAUUGCUCUAUAGAUUCAGAAAAGAAUGGACGAUUAUGUUGUCAACUUGGAGUAGUAGGAGUAAAAAUACCACCACCACCAAAAAUACCACCAUAUUUUGGAUUACGACCAUCAAAUCCAGGCGAAAUAAUCCCACGUGGAUCAUUGCCAUCUGAUUAUGUCUCAUUGAAGCAACAAGCAACUCGAAUAUCAAAUACAGCUGAGCCUAGUGAACAAUAUCAAUCACAUUUAGAUUUAAGUGGCAAAAAAUUAACUAUGAAUGUACAACCUAUAAGUGAUUCGAAUAGAGCAGAAGAAGAUGCAAUAGAACCUUCGGAAAAUCUUAUUCCAUCUGAUGAACAAACAACAGAUUCUUCCGGAAAUGUUGUUCCAUCUGACUCUAAAUUACAAGAUGAUAUUUAUGGUCGAAUGAUGCUUAAAUCAAAUGAUCAAGCAUUUCGCACACAAGCACUUUACAAUGCAAUAAAUAAUGUAGCUUCACCUGAAGCAGAAAAUAAUGAAGUUCAAAUUGAUAUUGGAGAAAUGAAAGAUCCAUUCGAAUCGUUGGAAUACGCUCAAAAAAGCACUUCUGAUCGAAGUAUUUGUCUUCUAAAGCCUAGUGAAGGUCGAACAUGUCGAGAAGAUGAAUCACCUCCUCGAACAAAUUUACAGUAUUUCUACAGUAAUCGUGAUAAACGUUGUAAACUUUACUUCUAUCGAGGAUGUGGUGGUAGUCAAAAUCGAUUUGAUACUAAAAGGCAUUGUGAAUUAACAUGCGCUGGUGUAUAA